GCUCACCUUUGCGGUGUCUGGCGGCUCCCGCGCAGUUGCUCAGCAGUCCAGGCGUCCUGCGCCUCACGGGGUCGGCCUUGCACAGCUGUCCUUCGAGGCUGCUGCUGCGGCCGCCGCCUUCCACUGCACGACUGGCCGCGUGGCACGAGCGGGCGAGGCCUCUUCUUCUUCCUCGCUACGGCAGGCUCGUUCGACCGCUCACCUUUCACGCGCCUACCCACUGCAGGGCUAGCAACGCCACUGGCGGACAACUGGCAUGAUGCUGAAGGUGGCGAACAAAGUGGACGGUCGCUGGGACAUUGCAAUGCUGGCCGGACUUGUCAGCUUUUUUGGCAUAACCACGAACCGAAACUCGGGGUGGUUCUUCGUCGCAUUCAUGGAGGACUUCCAGGUGGACCGAGGAAGCGCCUCCUGGCCCAGCAGCGUGUUGACCAUCAUGUUUCGAUCGUCAGGCCUUUUCGUCGCGGUUCUGCAGAGGUAUACAUCCCUCUUCCGCAUCGGUCUCAUUGGAAGUAUUCUGCUCUGGGCCGGCAUCAUAGCGUCAGCGUGGUCCCCAAACAUUGCUGUGAUUACUAUUACCCUCGGUUUCAUCCAUGGCCUCGGAGCCGGCAUUGUCUUGAUGUGCAACCUGGUGGAAAUAAUGCAGUACUUCCAAAAGUACCGUGGCAUUGCUUCCGGUCUGAAGUUUGCUGCUGACCCCACAAGCGCCAUUGUUUUCCCGGCGCUGCUGUCCUACUUGAGAGCAACGUAUGGCUUCCGCGGUGCAUUGCUGAUAUACGCAGCCCUUAGUAUGCACGUUACGGCAUUCUCCAUUGUCCUGAAGGAGCCCCCUUGGUUAAAGCGCGACGGCAUAGAAGCACUGGUGUCCAGACGUCCAGUGAGAGAGACGCAGCCCAUUAAAAGCAGCAAAUCCAUGAAGAUUCGUGAUAUGCUUGGAAAAAUGCCCCAACCACUACUGAAGCCCAGUUUCUAUGCUGUUGUGAUGGGAUCCGUGUUGUUGGACUACGUCAACGCGGUGCACCUGUCAACAUUAGUCGACUAUGCCCUGGAUAGCGGUGUAUCUCGAGCGCACGCUGAGCUUACGGUCACGUAUGCUUCAGCGCCUGAGAUCCUUGGAAGAGUCCUACUGCCUCUAGUUGCCGAUGUGGGUCUAGUGAGCCGAACUACCUUGACGACCGGUAACGCGCUCGUCUUAGGCUUCUUGCUUCUCUUGACGCCAGAGACCCGCAGCCUGACACACGUGGUUGUGCGAGCUGCGUCUUCGGUCGCUCUGGCUACCUUAAUGACCAUGAAACAUGUGCUGGUGGCCGAUUAUUACGGCACGGAUGCCGUAGCUCUCCUGUCCGGGGCUUCUGGGGUCCUUCUGGUCCCCGUGCUGCUCAGCAACCCAUCCAUCAUAGGAUAUUUCCGCGACAUCAGUGGAGCCUACGACAACCUCUUUAGGAUACUGGCUGGCAUGGUCAUUGGUAUGGCGGUCGUGUUUCUGAUUUCCGUGUGUUCAUCAAGGAGGUUCGCCUCACGUCCCACGAACGACGUGCAAGAGGGCUAAACCUGCAUCUGCUAGUGCACUUGGCUUCCAUUAUUGCCUACCUCAACGUUGUGAGGGCUGUCGGGUUGAAAUUUAACGAAACUUUCGGAAACUGUGCUGUUUAAUUUUGAUCUCAUUCAGAUAUUCUAUGAAGUAGAAAUGUAUAUUGCCCAUAUCACUGCCCACCCGUCCACUGCCUAUCCGAAAUCAAGAAAGUCAGAGGUGUGUAAUCAAAGCACAAGAGCUGCCCGGUACUAAAUUUACCAAGGCAAAUACGUGCAGUCGACAUAACUCAGUGAUCUUGCUUUGUAUUGGAACAUAAAAAACACGUAAGAAAAACUCCAUGUGAGCUCCAGUUAAAGGAGCUGCGGCUUCACGUUUUACUCGAAGCAGGU